AUGGUUUAUUCAUAUGAUGACCAAUAUAAUAUUGUGACUAAAAAAUCCAGCGGUCAUUUAAGUAGUUCAAAUGAUCAUUUAAUAACAGAUUUUGCCAUUGAUUAUUUCCAAUACCAAUUUGAUGAAAUUGAAUUACACAACUGUUGGAAAAUUAUACGUCAAACAAACCAUGUCAAUUCAGUCAAUAAUAUCCCAUUAAGUACAGAUAUUGAUCGUUUAGAAAAUAUCUUAUGGAGAAAAUGGAGCAAAAUUAAAAGUAAUUUACCAGAGUUAGCACCUGAAGAAGUUAAUUGGUAUAAAGAUUGUGAUAUUACAUGGCUUUAUGGUCCUUUAGCUGGUAGUUCAUACAAGUUGAAUGAAAAUUUCCAAAGUUUGAAUCGUCAAGCAUUAUAUGAACAUAAUAAAGUUAACAAUGAAAAUAAAUUAACUCCAGCAAGAACUGAUAGUUUUAGCAGUAUGACAAGCGCCAGUACAGCGGAUACUGUUGAUGAAGAGGAUGAAGUUUUUGGUGUUGCUAAUGAUGAAAUUCUACUUGAUGAAAAUUAUAUGGAUAAGAUUGGAGGUUCAAAUGUUAGACCAAUACUGAAAAAAAGUAGAAGAUCUUCAUGCUUGGGUUAUUUAGAGUUUGAUGCCCCACCAACAUUAUUAUCAAAAGGUAAUCUUAGGGAUUGUACAAACGUUGAUGGCAGUGAUAAAAAACAUGGUAGAAAAAGUGUUAGUUUUGAUACUAUGGUUCAAAUAAGGCAAUUUGAAACUGAAGAAGAUGUUUUUUAUGAUUAA